AUGGCCGAGAUACAAACACCCGUUCCCGUCUGGCUCGACUGCGACCCCGGCCACGAUGACGUCUUCGCGAUCCUCAUGGCCGCCCACCAUCCGGCGCUCCGUCUCCUCGGCAUCUCCGCCGUCUAUGGCAACGCAUCGCUCAAACACACGCUGUGGAACGCAAGGUCGAUCCUCACAGCCAUCUCGAAAGAGAACGAUGUCCCCGUCUACGCCGGCGCGUCGCAGCCGAUCGAGCGCCCGCCCAUGGCCACGAGCGCCGACAUCCACGGCGAGACGGGCCUCGACGGCACCGACCUGCUGCCGGAGCCGCUUGCGGCCGCCAAGAGCACGGAUCCCGACGAAGCCAUCGAGGCCAUGGCCGCCGCGCUGUUGGCGGAGCCGGCCGGCACGCCCUGGCUGGUGGCCACGGGCUGCCUGACCAACGUGGCCCUGCUGCUCGAGAAGCACCCCGCGAUCGCCGACCACCUCGGUGGCCUGUCCAUCAUGGGCGGCGCCAUCGGCGGCGGAUUCACGGCCGCCGUGGCCGGCGAGGUCAAUGGCGUGCCGCGCAUUGGCAACCAAACGGCCUUUGCCGAGUUCAACAUUCUGCUCGACCCGGAGGCCGCGGCGCGCGUCUUUGGCAACCCGCGCCUCGCGCGCAAGACGACGCUCGUGCCGCUGGACCUCACACAUCUGGUGCUGGCGACGGCCGACGUGCAGGCCCUGCUGCUCCACGGGCCGGGACACACUACGACGACGACGACGACUACGACUACGAGUCCUACGGCCGUGGAUGGCCAAGGAAAGACGGUGCUGCGCACGAUGCUCGUGCAGCUGCUCAACUUCUUCGCCGACUCGUACAACAAGGUCUUUGGCAUUUCGGCGGGCCCGCCGCUGCACGACCCCCUGGCCGUGGCGGCUGUCUUGACGGGCACGGCCGCCGCCAUUCCGUUUUACGAUUUUGUGCACAGCGGCAGCGACAGCGGAGGCGAAUCGGCGGGCCCACCGCCGGCCGAACGCUAUCACGUCACGGUCGUGACCGACGGCACAACGGCCGAGGCGCUGGCCGGCCGUGCCGAGACGGGCCGCACCGUCGCCCAGCUGCUGCCGCCCGGCGCCGAGGGCGUCCGCAUCCCGCGCGGCCUGGACAUUCCGGGCUUCUGGACGGUCUUGGAGGAGUGCUGUUCGCGCGCCGACGCGGCGAAUGCCAAGAAUGGGCGGACGGUGUAA